AAGAUGAUGUUGAACCAAACAGGCUUUAGCCCCGCAUCAUUCAUUCUGAAUGGAGUCCCAGGAUUGGAGGAUGUGCACAUCUGGAUUUCCUUCCCAUUCUGUUCUAUGUAUCUUGUGGCUAUGAUAGGCAAUUGUGGACUCCUUUAUCUGAUUCAUUAUGAAGACUCUCUGCACAGGCCUAUGUACUACUUCUUGGCUAUGCUUUCCCUAACUGAUCUUGUCAUGUGCUCCAGUACCAUUCCCAAGGCCCUCAUGAUAUUCUGGUUCCGUCUCAAGGGAAUUGGCUUUAAUGAGUGCCUGGUGCAGAUGUUCUUCAUCCACACCUUCACAGGUAUGGAGUCUGGGGUAUUAAUGCUAAUGGCCCUUGACCGCUAUGUGGCCAUCUGCUACCCUCUGCGCUACUCAACUAUCCUCACCAAUCCUGUCAUUGCAAAGGUUGGUCUUGCUACCUUUUUGAGAGGUGUGAUACUCAUCAUUCCCUUCACCUUCCUCACUAAGCGACUACCCUACUGCAAGGGCAAUAUAAUACACCAUACAUUCUGUGACCACAUGUCUGUGGCCAAACUAUCUUGCGGGAAUGUCAAGGUCAACGCCAUUUAUGGUCUUACGGUUGCCCUGCUGAUUGGAGGUUUUGACAUAUUGUGCAUAACUAUUUCCUACACUAUGAUCCUCCGGGCAGUGGUCAGCCUCUCAUCAGCAGAUGCUCGGCAAAAGGCCUUCAGCACUUGCACUGCCCACAUCUGUGCCAUUGUUUUCUCCUACAGUCCGGCUUUCUUCUCCUUCUUUUCCCACCGUUUUGGGGGCCACACGAUCCCCCCAUCUUGUCACAUCCUUGUGGCCAAUAUCUAUCUGCUCCUUCCUCCUACUAUGAACCCUGUUGUCUAUGGAGUGAAAACCAAGCAGAUACGAGACUGCGUCAUAAGGAUUGUUUCUGGUUCUAAGGACACCAAAUCUCACAAAAUAUAA